AUGUCAACAAUAGGUUUAAAUAGUAGACCCAUGUCACCAAUUUCCCAACAAAGUUUAUAUAAUAAUAAUGAUAUUAUAAACUAUCCAAACCAUUUUCAAUAUAUACAAUAUAAUGAUGGUCACUAUCAAACAAAUAAUGGUUUUGAUCAACAACAACAACAACAACAACAACAACAACAACAACAACAACAACAACAACAACAACAACACCAACACCAACAACAUCAGCAUCAACAACAAAAGAUUCAACUAAGUCCAAGAGGUGUUAAUAAUAACCAAAAUUGUAAUAGUAGUAAUGAAAAUGUAAAUAGUCAACAAAAUAAUCAAACAAAUAAUUCAAAAAAUAAUAAUAAUGGUUAUCCUAAGGGAAUUUUGGUAUCUCAACCUGGUAUUGGUAGUGGCUGUAGAAAAGAUGCUUGCUUACUUUGCUCUUUAAAUUCUCCAAGUUGUUUAUCGCCCAGAUCAUCAUGGUCAACAAUUUUAUGGGUUGUUUUUUAUACACUAAAGAUUUUAAACAAAGAAAAAGAAUUCUUUUCUCUAAAAAAAGACGUAUACAAUUUCGUUUCCGAACAUUGGGAUUUACUGUGCCAUAGAAAAAAUAGAUCAUUUAAAUGGAAAAAACAAAUUCAAGAUGCAUUAUCACAUUCAAAAGUUUUUAAAUCUGGUAUUCAAAAAUUGGGUUGUAAUGGGUUUUGGAAAUUAAAAUGCAUGUCUAAUAAUCCUUGGUCAUCAACCAAACCGGUUGAGUUAGAGGAGGACACAAGCACAGCAAGCGAUAAAGAAGAAGAGGAAUCAUUAAAAAGAUUACAUGAGGACGACGAAGAUGAUGACUCAAUUUUAACAACAAAAAAACUACGUUUGGAUCAAUCGAAUAAUACAAGACCAACAUCAAUACAAAUUUCAUUCACUGGUGAAAAUAAAUAUGAAGAUUUGCAGUCAUACGUUUUACAAACCAUUAACAAUAUUCAAAACAAAAUUAAAGAAAAAGAAAUGUUGGUUUUAAAUGCAUUGGAGGACUAUAAAUCAACUUUAAAUAACUAUACAAACGAUUUAACUCAAUUAACAAAAUAUAUUAAACCACCAACCCCAAACCCCUCUUCUCCUUUUUUGAACUCUCCAUCACCUCCAUCACCUUCACCAUCUCCAUCAUCACAACAAAAGUCACCAACCCAACCAACCCAAAAAGAAGCAUCUGAUAAUCCAACACCAGGUUCUUCAGAACUUGAAAAUCAAGAGGCACAACAAAUGAUUCAAGAAAUUCUUUUAAGAAAUAAAAAUAAAAAUAAUAGUAUUAAUAAUAAUAAUAAUAAUAAUAAUAAUAAUAAUAAUAAUAAUAAUAAUAAUAAUAAUAAUAAUAAUAAUAAUAAUAAUAAUAAUAAUAAUAAUAAUAACAUUAACAAUAAUAAUGGUAACAAUAAUAUUAUAAAUAGUGCUAUUAAAAAUAAUAGCUCAAGUAUAAAUGUUAAAACGAAUAAUUCUAUGUCAAGCCCAAUUAAAAAAAUUGAUGUUGACAGCAUGAUGGAUAAAUAUGAAAGAGAAUAUCAAGAAAAACUUAAUAAUAAUAAUAAUAACAAUAACAAUAAUAAAAAUAGUAAAGCUGAAACAUAUAAUUUUGGUGAAUGGAAGGAAUCAAUUCAGUCAUUGAUUUCACCUAAUAAACCAGAAAGUCCAAAAUUCAAUUUCAAAUCGACUGUAUCCAAUGAAUACUUUGGUCCAAGUACAACAACAACUUCGACAACUACUCAUUCACAAGUUAAUAAGGUCUAUUCUAAAAUGAAUAGCCCACCAAAAAAUAUUAGAACCCAACAAGAAAUUUUAAAAGUUAUUGAAGAUAUUGAUAAUAGAGCAACAAGAAAUAUGAGUAGUAAAAAUAAUAUCAAUACUACUUCAAAUAAUAAAAACAAUAACAAUGAUAACAAUAUCAAUAAUAAUAAUAAUAUCAAUAAUAAUAUCAAUAAUAAUAUCAAUAAUAAUAUUAAUAAUAACAAUAAUAACAAUAAUAUAAAUCAUAACUUUAAUGAUUAUCAAUUUACCGAAAGCUAUAUUAAAAAAAUGAAUCAAAUUCAUAAUAAAAAUCUUGAUGAUUAUGACCAACAAAACCCAGCUCAUCGUCAACAAUAUCACCACUAUCAUUCCCAUCAACAACAUCCUCAACAUCAUGGUUACUAUGGUAUAGAAAGUUAUAACCAUAAUCAAAUUGCCCAUGAUGAUCAAAAUCCUAACCACAGAUUAAAUUUUAUAUUGAAUCAAAUAUAA